UUGAAAAAAUUCUAUAAGUUGAGAACAUUUCAAAAGAGCAUAAAAAAGACUUGGAAUUUUAUAUCUAUUUUUUGUCAACAGGCAUUAACAAACGAAAAGACUUGGAAUUGAUAAUAAAAUAUGUAAGCUUCUUAGGCAGUUUGCCUCUCUUUUUCGUAUCAAUUUUUUUAUAAAACACACCGCCAAUCCAAUCCUAUCUAUCUAUAUAUAUAUACGCACAGAUAUUCAACGAGAUUAAGACUUCUCUUAUUAAGAUCACAGAGCUUAUUGCAGAGUCAAAAUGAAGAGGAAAAGAGAGUUGGAAACUAAAACAGAAGUAAAAUCUAUCAUUGAAGAGCUUUCUUUACUCAUCAAACUUAUUCGUCGUACUAGAAGAAAUAACGACGACAACAACCACGACAACAACAAGAAGGCUCAGCCUCCUGCAGCAGCAACUGUUGCUGCAGCUGCCGCGACGACUGCUGCUGCUGCUGCUGCUGCUGCUGCUGUUGGUGCAGAAAUUAGUGAUGAUCAACAAAAAUUGGUAGUUUCAAACAUACCCACAAGGCCUUUUCUCUCAAUAUGCUCUUUCCUCAUUCAAGUUCUUGGUAAUUAUUUUCUCUCAACCAUCAAAAUGAACUUUACUAUUGAAUUUGCUUUUGUUUGCAGUUGCUUUCAACUUUUAGCUAGUUACCUGCUCGUCAAUAUCAGACUUGUGGAUACCUCAUAUAAGAUAGGUCCUACCAUGGCUGUAUUGAGACAAGACAUUUACAAGAACAUUCAGAGAUUGGAGAUGCUUUGCGAUUCUGAUCCGACAAAGUAUUCAAAUUUGGUUGAGAUAUUAAAGAAAGAAGCAGUUGAACGAAAUGCCAAAAAGGGUGAAAGCUGUAGCAAAGCAUUGGUUUGGCUUACCAGGUCCUUGGACUUCACAGCAGCCUUGCUUCAAAAAUUAGCCGAUGAACCAAAGGAAAGCAUGGAGUUGAUUGUGGGCAACUCUUACGAGACUACUUUGAAACCUUGGCAUGGAUGGAUCUCAGCAACUGCUUACAAAGAAUCAUAUUGUCAUCAGGAUCUCUCAACACCUUAUCAAUCAUAUUAUCCUCACCAUUUAGGAUAAAAGGAAGAACUCCCUCAUGGAAAACUACAUCUAUGUUCACAAAGAUCUUUUUGUGUUUAGGUAUUCUACUUCCACUUACAUAACACAAGCUUCGUAUCACUCUUUCGUGAUCAUAUCUUGGAUUUUUCUUCAGUAACUACUCAUCUCAAAACAACAAUGAGAAGCAAAUUAUUAAGAUGAGUUGUAGAGAGAAUGCACUUAUCCCUCAAAUAACUUGGCAAACUUGCAUGGAUUUCUAAAGAUUUUGUAGUCUCCAAUAAGAACAUGUACUUCCUUUCCACCUUGCUAUUGUGUUUUACCUCUCCACCCACACCUCUUUGGUGAAAGAAUUUCCCUUUUUCAAAGAGAAUCUUUGUACAGUUAAUUUGCUCAAUUUCAGUUUCAUUGUCUAACAGUUUUCACUGUAUGGUGAAAAUGAUUUUCAACACGAGCAAGGAAAUUGCUCAUAAUUUCCUUCACGUGCUCUUCUUUUUUACAGCAAUAUGUCCAUGUAACUUUAAUUUUAUCAUCAACAAUAAUUAGGAAAUAACUAGCUCCCUUUAUUACCUUGACCAUGUAAGGCCCUCAUAGAUCAAUAUUAAUUAAAUUAAAUACGUUUUAGCAAUACUUUUACUUGGUAUAAAAGGCAAUCACUAAUCUUUGGCAAAAGAAAAAGUAUAAUAAAAAUAGUAUUCCAAGUGUUUAUAGUUGCAAAUACCAACAAUUCAACAUGUUGCAUUUUGGACAAAGAUAUGCGACCUAGUCUAGCAUGAACUAUUUCUAGAUUCACAUUAUUCUUAGUCUUCUUCUCUUCUCCUACUCCAUUUUCUAUAAUAUAGAUUUUCUUCUCAAUCGUCACUUUCCUCUCCAUCAUCACUUUAUUCCUCUCCAUCAUCACUUCAUUCUUCUCUCCUUGAUUCAGUUUAUGCAGGUCAUCCUCAUUCUUCCCAUGUAUCAAGUUCUCUUUAUUGAUAUGGUCUUGUAAUAAACAUACCCAUGUUCAUAACAAUAAAUUUUAUCAUGCUUCUUUGCAUGAUCAAUUUACUUACAGACAAAAUAUUAUUCCUGAAAUCAAAUAACACAUUUCAAAAAGUGAGCGUGUCUAUCAGUUCGCAUACCUACUUCCACCAUUUUCAAAUCGCAAUCCCAAUCGAAUAUAUUUUCUAAGUAAUCUUAUGUUUGCAUGCAAAUUUUUGUUGCCAGUCAUGUGAUUACUAGCCCUAGAGUCAACUAUACAAGCAUUUACAUCAUUCUGAAGACAAAUUAUAGCAUUUGAGGAUAAUAUUGUACGUGCAAAGUUGUUGUAACUCUACUUCUCUCCCAUUGAAUUCAUUACUUCUUGCAUUAUAACAAAUAUCAAGGCACUGUCUGGUUUUCCUCUACUUGUUUCUCCUCUUUCCAUACCCAUAUCCAGAGUUGUAUCCUCUUCUUGAAUGUUGUGAUUUUUCCAACAUUAGCUGCUUGCUUCAUAUUGCUUGUCCUUUUAUUUCUGUAAGUUUUUGAACCAUAGAGGUGCACCAACACAAGCUUGAAACAUUCCUUUUUAUAUGACCUUACACACCAUAGUGUCCACAUCGCUUAGUUGCCUUCUUCAUCUUUCUCCUUUUAUAAUCAUUCUUGUUAAAGUUUUGCAAAGCUCCAACGUUUCUUUCCUUCCCAACAACGAGUUGUACUUCUGACUUUAAGCCUUGUUCACUGGUACCAAAAGCUUCAUAGACAAGAAAUUUAUCUUCAUCUAGUUAUAUACAAUUUAAACCCAUGUGAAACUUCAUCAACUUGUUUGAUGCCUUCAUUUUCAUCACUUUCUUUAGAAUAUUGUAGCUGCAUUAUUCAUGGAUGCCUUUAGGACGUGUGAUCUCGUCCGUGAAAGUCUUUAACUUACAAUUGUAUUCCCUAGCAAUUUUAUAACAUUGCACCUCAUUCAAUAAACUAUUGAGUUGGUAGAGUUGUGGUGCAUUGGUUUGUACAUAUCUUUCAACAAUAUUUUUCUGAAUAUGCUUAGAAGAUUCAACAAGCACCAAACUCCCAAGAAUAUCUUGUGUCAUUGUUGCCAAAAUCGAAAUUUUGACCAUAUAAUCUGCUCUCACCCAUAUGUAGAGAUCUUCUGACUUCUCACUUGGCUUCUUGCAGUUCUCAUAUAAAAACCAAUCUUGUUCUUUACUCCCAAUGGAGGCUUCACAUUCCUACUCCAAUUAGCAAAGUUUUCGGAAUAUGAAAAGUCCAGAGUCCAAUCCAGUCGAAAUUUGUCGGACUGGACUAGAAUUUAAAAUGUUUGGACUAGAAUUACACUCAAAUUUUGAAUCAAAAUAUUUUUGAACUAAAUUUAGCAUCACUACUUUAGUGUCCAAUAAGUCCAUUCCAAUCCAAAAAACUAUUAGCAUAUAAUGUAUAUUCAAAAAAAUUCUUAAUUUUAGUUGAAAUUUUGGACUUGUUAACAUACUCUCUCUAAACUCUUUUACCUGGCGCCACAGUAUUAACUUCCCUUCCAAAAGUCAAAGUGAUAACUGAAAAGUGAAGAGGCAAAAGUUACUUUAGCAUUUUUGGUACCUUUUUUAGUUUGCAAUUUGCGUUUUAUAAGACUUUAAAUAUGUAUGUAGCUUACGUUCUGGAAUAGAUGUAAUGUGCCUAAUAUUUCAAAUUUCAAUGAUCAAUCAUGAGAAAAUAUUGUGAGCAUAAAUAAGAAAAAAAAUAUUAUGUAAUAAUCAAACUGGACUAAACUAGAUUCGGAUUCAAGAAAAAAGUUUUAGAUUGGAAUGGACUAGACUCAAUUUCUCAAGUCCAAAAAACUUUGGACUGGAUUUAGAUUUGGCAAAGUCCAAUCCACUUACACCCCUACACAGAACACAAUGGUUUCCAAGGAUGAUGUUGGGUUCUCACUAACAACCACAAACAGUAGAUCCUAAUAAGGAUUCAACAUAUUUACCUGCCAUCUAAAAUAACAAAGGUUUCUUUUUUUCUCAACCUUAAAGUUUGUCAGUUUAGUUCAGAAUAAAUUGUGUUAUGAUACCAUAAAGAAAACAAAGGCUAAAACUUUGUGUUUUGGUCUACAUGUUUUGAAAUGCCACUAUAGUUUUCUAUAUUUCAAACAUGUGUUUAUUACAAAAACGACUGUGAGCUAUAUAUUACAGUAUAUAUAAACCUAGGAAAUAAAAUCCAGAACCAAACAGUCGAAAAGAAGAAGGAAAAUUCUACAAAUAAGCAAGAAAAUUUUCCUAGGAUCCCACAUUUAAUCUGCACAACAUAAGAAAACCUAAAAAACCACCCAUUUAUGUCAUGCACAUCUAUAUUAUACACAAGCAUAUGUACAAAGUAAGAUAAAUCACACAACUUCAGAGUUCCACUAUAAUCUAGUCCAUUGGGUUUCAUUUUAGGUUACCCUUUUGCUUUUUCAAUGUCAAAGUUCAUUAGCUUUGAUUUUAUUGUAUUUAAAUGCUAAUAUUUAACUGUAGACAUUAUUAUGUGGGAUCUUGUUAGAUUUAUUCCAAUACUUAGAUCUAAAUAAUCAAAUUUUAUAAAUUUAUGCAUAAUUGGAGAUAUAUUAAAGGUUAAAUAGACGUCUUGGAAACCAUGAAAAAGUAAAUGAGUAAAUUAAGAAGAAUGCAAGGAGUAUUUGAUUAGUCACUAUCAAAUGAUCAGCCUUUUUCAUGCAAGAAAGCUUAUUAAUCUAGAAUGACGUAUGAAUAUGAUU